AUGUCUAUUGCCCUCACGCGCGCACAGCGAGUGCGCCCACCAUUUCGCAGUUUCGCGUCAGGCAGCAGCACCCUGGUCUACCUCCCGAGCCAUAGACAUGCAAUGAUGUCUGCGCUGUCCCAUGACCGUUCGCGGCCACCACCACCACCCAAAUCGACGCUCGGAGACACUGUGCCGGCCGUGAUACCCCAAGGGACACCAGCAGCAGCACCGUCAGCGAAGACGCUGUCGCCGAAUGCCGAGUCGCCCCAAGUUGCCGCCCGCCCGCCACCACUACCCAAGGCCGAGCGUCCGAAGCCGACCAUCCGGGCAACCAAGGCUGCCAUCACCUUAACGCCCACUGCUGUGGUGCGGCUCCGUACACUGCUCCGAGGGCCGACGCCCCAGCUGAUUAGGAUUGGCGUGCGGAACAAGGGCUGCGCGGGUCUGUCGUAUCACCUUGAGUACGUCGAGCGCCCGGGCAAGUUCGACGAGGUCGUAGAGCAGGACGGCGUGCAGGUGCUGAUUGACAGCAAAGCGCUGUUCUCAAUCAUUGGCAGCGAGAUGGAUUGGAACGAGGAUCCGUUGAGCGCGAAGUUCGCGUUCAAGAAUCCGAACAUCAAGGAUGCGUGCGGGUGCGGGGAGUCUUUCACUGUUGGAUCAUGA